GCGGCGGCCAUCCGGGCCGAGAAGAGCCGCAGCGGCUCCUCCCGCCAGUCCAUCCAGAAGUACGUGAAGAGCCAUUACAAGGUGGGCCAGCACGCUGACGCCCAGAUCAAGCUCUCCAUUCGGCGCCUGCUCGCCGCCGGCAUCCUCAAGCAGACCAAAGGGAUCGGCGCCUCCGGCUCUUUCCGCCUGGCCAAGACGGACAAGGCGAAGAAGUCCCCGGCCAGGAAGAGGAAGAAGGCGGCCAGGAAAUCCACGUCGCCCCGGAAAGCGGCUAGGCCCAGGAAAGCCAAGUCGCCGGCAAAGAAGCCCAAAUCUGCCGCCAGCAAAGCUAGGAAGAAGUCAAGGGCCAGCCCAAAGAAAGCCAAGACGACAAAGACUUUUAAGGUCAAGUCGCUGAAGGCGUCCAAGCCCAAGAAGGCAAAGCGGUCAAAACCCAAAGCCAACUCCAGUGCCCGGAAAUCACCCAAGAAGAAGUGAGAAGUCUAGAGGCGUUUCGGUACUCUCCCCGUUGGUUUCUGUAAAUAGCUUUUGCAUUUAUUUUUACCCCUUUCUAUUGCAUUUUAUAAAGAAUUGAUCUAUUCCUGUCUGGAAAUAGCUAAAACAAGGCAGUUAAUGAAAGAAAAAAGGAACACCUUUGGUAUGGAGAGUUCCCAUUUUUAAGAGUUA